AACUGAGGCCCGGAGAUUCAUCCGGCCGCCCGCAUGCAUCUGCCAGGGCGGAGGCUGGUCCACCCCGGAGCCCCAGAAACCCGACUCAGAAAGCCUGGCAAGUCAGAGAGGGGGCUCCCACGGAUUUGGAGAGCAGUGGGGGCACACUCGGGGUCGGGGAAGCCUUAAGAGGCCGGCUUAAGAGGCCGGCAGGGCGGAAGGCAGACAGGAAGGCAGGGGAGAACAGGUGGGCAAAGCCAGGAUUCCCGAGGGAAAAAGAUGCUGCACCUUUGGUCAGAGGGUCCGCAGACCUGAAUCUGGACAGGGAGGGAGGGGCCGCGGUUGGGGCGUUUCUGCAGCUGGCCCUGAGGGCCUCUGGUGGAUCACUUCCCGCUGGAUCAUGGCACCGGGCACGGGACAUGAGGACCCAGACCUGCUCAGGCCCCUGCCUCUCCUCCCACUCCCCCGCCCCCCUGGCAUGCACACCCACGCUCCAGCCACAUGGCGCUUGCACGACCCUGGCCCAACUUGCAAGUCACCUCUUCUGGGAAACCUUCCUGGAUUGAACCCCGUUGGAGCACUUGUCACUUACUGUUGACAGGUUCUUUUGCUGGUCUGUCGCCCCUGCCCGUGCUCUCUGAGCCCACGGAGCACUGGGCACCAGCACCCAGCUUGGAGCCCGGCAUAGCAGAAGGCUCAGAAGUUGAAGGGGUCUGGGCAGGGAUGCAUGGAAACAAGCCACCAGACUUCAGUUAUGAGAUGGACUGGGCCCUAAAGGGGGCGGUCCGGGAGCAAGGAGGAAGGGCUCGAUCCCAGGGCCUCCGAGGGGAUCCCAGGAGAGAGAACUGGCCGAGGUGGCUCCUACUCGGUCCGGCAGCCCCAAAUUGCACCAAGUCCUGAGCCUCACUCUAGGCUAGUCUCUAGGUCCCUGCCUUGUUCUCGGUGCCAGUAACGCCAAGAGCUUCUGGAAACUGAGCAGCCCCAAGUGAUGGGGCCCACCCAUUAUGUCACUAUCGCCCUCUCCCCGAAGACAACCUGGGACCCGCAGAUAAUAGGCCAGCCCCUCCCAGGGUAUGGGCUUGGGCUCCCCCUGUCCGCCCCUCCCCCGUGUACAGGGAGCGGGUCGGGUGAGCACCCAGGAGGGGCCUCGCUUAGGGGCCAGGAAGGCUGCAACCGCAGGAGCCGCGGGGAGGGGAGGGCGCGACCCCCACGCAGGGCACAUUGGACCACGCCCCCCGCCGCCUGGCCUCGCCUCCCACCUGCUCGCCCUCCCAGCGCGCACCGCAGGAAGUGGGGGCCCCAGCGAAAGCAGAGGAAACUGCCGAGGUGGGGGCGAGGAGUGGAGCGGGGAGGAGGCGCGGAGAGCUGGGGUUCCUGUCAUGUGACCCCGUCCCCUCGGCUCCCUCACUGUCCUGCCUGGCUUGGCAGGAGCAGGUCAGAGGAGGGGGAUUCUACAGGGAGGUGGUCCCUUGUCCCCAGCUCUGCCAGGGCCAAGACCUUGACGCUCACCCAACAGGCAGCCCGCAUCCCUUCUGGGAGGUGGGGGGUUGCAGCCUUCACCCCCAACCUCAAACCCACUGCAGAGAUGCUGCGGCAGUGGUCAGCGCCGUCUGGCCAGGGCCUCGGGCAGCCAGAACCUGAGCCGGGGGUGGAGGAGCUGUGGGAGCAAGAGAUGGAGCGCCUGUGGUCCUCCCAGGGACACGUGCGGGAGCUGCCCUAUGCCAUGGUGGACAGGCGCCUACUCCGGCAGCUGCGGGAGCCCCAGGGGGUGAAGACGUCUUGCUGGCAGCGGUGGCGGCGCAGGCGGCAGACUGCGGGCCGGCGCCUGGGGGAGGCAGCGCGGAGGCUGGCCCAGGGCUUUGGGCUCUGGGAAGGCGCUCUCUACGAGAUCGGGGGCCUCUUCGGCACCGGAAUCCAGUCCUACUUCACCUUCCUUCGUUUCCUGCUGCUGCUCAACCUGCUGACCCUGCUCCUGACCGCCAGCUUCGUGCUGCUGCCCCUGAUCUGGCUCCGCCCCCCUGACACAGGCCCCUCCCUUAACCUCACCCUCCAGUGCCCUGGUGGCCUCCAGCCGCAGACCGGUGUCCCCAGAUUCCACAAUCAACUUUGGAAUGUUCUAACAGGCAGGGCCUUCAACACCACCUACCUCUUUUACGGCGCCUACCAGGCGGGGCCGGAGAGCGGCUCAGCCUACAGCAUCCGCCUGGCCUACCUCCUGAGCCCGCUGGCCUGCCUGCUCCUUUGCUUCUGCGGGACUCUGCGGCGGAUGGUGAAGGAGCUGCCACAGAGGCUGUUUCUGGGCCAAGACUACAGGUCGCCUGUCAGUGUCAAAGUCUUCUCCUCCUGGGACUUCUGCAUCCGGGGACGGGAGGCAGCCACCAUCAAGAAGCAUGAGAUCAGCAACGAGUUCAAGGUGGAGCUGGAGGAAGCACGGCGCUUCCUGCUGAUGCAGCAGCAGACCCGGGCCCAGAAGGCCUGCUACCUGCUCACCUACCUGCGGGUCAACGUCCUCACCGGGAUCCUGGUGGUCGGGGCCAUCAGUGCCAUCUUCUGGGCCACCAAGUACUCGCAGGACAACAAAGAGGAGCCUCUGUUUGUGCUGCUGCAGUACCUGCCCCCCGGGGUCAUCGCCCUCGUCAACUUUCUGGGUCCCCUGCUCUUUGCUUUCCUCAUCCAGCUGGAGAAGUACCCUCCCAGCACGGAGGUCAACCUCACCCUUAUCUGGUGAGUGCCACCCUUGGGGGUGACAGGCGGGACAAUAGGUCCUACCGUGGGUGGGCGGGGCGGCUGGGGACCUCGGGUGACAGGUGCCCCUCUGCUCCAGUGCUGGGAGAAUGCAGUGGGGGAAGAGUUGUACAAGCUGAGCAUCUUCAACUUCCUCCUCACGGUGGCCUUUGCCUUCUUUGUCAGCCUGCCUAGGAGGCUGCUGGUGGAGCGGUUCUCAGGCCCCUUCUGGGUCUGGCUGGACCGGGAAGAGUUCCUGGUGCCCAAGAAUGUCCUGGACAUUGUGGCGGGGCAGACGGUCACCUGGAUGGGCCUUUUCUACUGUCCCCUGCUGCCCCUGGUCAACAGCGUCUUCAUCUUCCUCACCUUCUACAUCAAGAAGUACACCCUCAUGAGGAACUCCAAGGCCUCUCCCCGGCGAUUCCGAGCCUCCAGCUCCACCUUCUUCUUCCAGCUGGUGCUCAUCCUGGGCCUGCUCCUGGCUGUCGUGCCCCUGGGCUAUGUGGUCAGCAGCAUCCACUCCUCCUGGGACUGCGGCCUCUUCGCCAACUACGCGGCCCCGUGGCAGGUGGUCCCAGAGCUGGUGGCCCUCCGGCUCCCGGCAGCUGGCCAGCGUGCCCUCCACUACCUGGGCUCCCACGCCUUCAGCUUCCCUUUCCUCAUCCUGCUCAGCCUUGUCCUGACCGUCUGCGUCUCCCAGUCCCAGGCCAAUGCUAGGGCCAUCCAGCGGAUCCGGAAGCAACUGGUGUGGCAAGUGCAGGAAAAGUGGCACUUGGUGGAGGACCUGUCGCGGCUGUUACCGGAACCGGGCUCUGGCGACUCUGUGGGGCCCGAGUCCCUUCACUUCCGAGCUUCGCGCCCGCGAUCCUUCUGCCCUGGAUUCCCGUGCCCGGGCUCCCCGGGCCCCAGGACCAGUAGGCCCGGACCUUGCCUCGAGGAUCCCGCUGGGCUCUUCGGUGACCGGAGCCCCGCACGUAGAUUCCGCUUUCCCAGCGGCUCAGAGCUGUAGCAUCGACCCCUGCCUCGGCCCCCAGAACCUCCCCAGGGCUCGACCCACCUCCCCUACCAGAGUCCCCCUGGCUCCUCCCCCUGCCGGACCCGCUGCCAGGCUCAGUGGGCCCUCCAGCAGGACGCAGGAGAGUCCCCAGGCAGCAGGAAGAAAAUAUGGUAACUUGUAUUUAUAUUUUUAGUCGGUUCCUGUAAAGUUUCUAUUUUUGUUGGAUGUUUUAUAAUAUACAUAAUAUAUUACUACAGUAAGAGGAUGCAAUUCAUAAAUGCACAUCCCCCGGAA